AUGAUCUACCUUUGCCGCCUUUGUGCAUCGCUAAAGAAACCGGACCACUUGAUUACCAUCAACGAUGAGACAAAUGAUAUUUGCCAAAAGGCCAAGGAGUGCUGUCAGGUCCACAUACGAAUGCAGGAUCUAAAACCGAAACAAGUUUGUCAGGAAUGUGUGGAGUCAUUAAAUGACUAUUAUAAGUUCUAUAUUAAAGUAAAAGAGGCUCAGGAGGCAUUAGAGACUAUUUAUCCCACGCCUGAGGAGGACAAGGGGAAGAAUGGAGAAGUUGCGACAAACAAGGAGAAGGUGACAGAUGAAGUGGCACAGCCUGUGGAAAUAGGGACACAAGCCGAUGAUGAGGACAAUUUGCUACAGGAACUCGAAAGUCCUGAAAAUAGUUCGCCUAAACGUACUAAAGCCCAAGCUGUAAGACGGGAAAGGGACAGAGUAAAACCUGCGACCAAAAGGAAUCCAACCAAUACAAAAAUAAGAAAAAUUGUUAAUAAAGAAUCGAUCAAAGUUAAACAGGAAAGAACCAGCGAUAAUGAAAUUCCAGCACCCAGACAUCCCUCAGCCAUAAAACGGCAAACCGAAGUUAUUGUGACAAAUGAAGCUGACGAGGAUGAUAAUGACAAUGAUGGGUAUUUGGAGGAGGUCUAUACCAUAUUAAAUAUGGGAAAGGGUAGUAAUAGUGAUGGAGAUGAUGGCUAUGAUGAAAUGCAGUUACAAGAAGAACGGGAAUGUAAUGAAAAUAUACAUAAAGGGGAACCAAAUGAUCAAUCAUAUAUGGGAGAUGAAACUUCGGAAUAUUAUGAGGUUGAGGACCAGGUUAACAAUACUAAAUUAAGUGGAACCAAUGAAGGGGAAUAUCAUGAAGAGGACACGGUCAAUGAUGAACAGAUCUAUUUGGAGGAGAGUAAUGCAAAUGAAUACGAUAUGGAGGAGGUAGAGGAAGAGGAUGUAGGCAAUGAAAAUUAUGAGGUAGCGGAGGACUCCUCCACCUUACCACCCCAUUUGCAAUUGUCACAUUGGACCUCAUAUCCAUUUCUUUGCAGCUCUUGCGACUACAAAGCCGUAACACCUAUGGAUCUAUUCAAUCAUGCCAAUAGCACACACUCCAUUGAAAAUCUUCAAGAUCUGCAAUAUAAAUGCUAUGAUUGCAAGCAAUUAAUUAACCAUUAUGUUACGUUCCUGAAUCACAUUCGUUUUGAACAUCAUCCAGCAUUGAAAUUGAAAUGUGAUGCCUGUGAUAUUGCCUGUAAAGAUUAUGUCCAUUAUGCCAAUCAUCGUAGUCGUGAUUGUACACAGCUUGCACAAUAUCCCGAAGUUGUACCCUGUAAACAAUGCUUUCGUAAUUUCGAUUCGAAUACUAGUUUACAAGCACAUACCCGGCAGUAUCAUUCGGGGGCGGGCAAGAAGCCAAAAUAUAAAUGCCAAUAUUGCAGCAAGGAAUAUACAUGGAGGCGUAGCCUGCUCAAUCAUGAAAUGUCACACGGAUAUAAACGUGAAUUUGCCUGCACGAUAUGUGGCAAGAAAUUCUUUAGUAAAAUUCAUUUGGAAUCGCACAUCUUUACGCAUAAUUCAGAGAAACCAUUUGAAUGUGAUAUUUGUCAUAAAAAUUUUAAGACGGCAACAAUUAUGGAACGUCAUAAAAUUGUUCACACCGAUAAAAAACCAUUCGCAUGCCAAUUUUGUCCGAAAACAUUUCGUACGCGAAUGGAAAGUAUCACGCAUGAGAGGGUACACACCGGUGAGACUCCGUUAGAGUGUAAAUUCUGUGAGAAACGUUUUCGUUUUCGCAGUGCAUUGAGCGCCCAUUUAAAGGUUCACUUGGGUAUUAAGGAACACGCUUGCCAACAUUGUCCAAAGACAUUUACCGAUAUAUCGAAUUUCUAUAAACACAUAAGACGUAAACAUGCAGAUGUUUAA